UCAAAUGUUGUUUUAUGUGUGAGAGAGAAUACUGAAGACAUCAAAACGGCAUCGUGUUAAGCUGAUUAGUGGGCUUGUUUUUAACAAAGUCAGCGGUGUGAUAGAGAAAGUGAGAGAUGUCGACGGCGUCGUUCAGGUGGAUUUUGCAGCUACACAAAGAUGUACCAAAAGCUGCUCGCUUCUACGCGCAAGGUCUCGAUUUCUCCGUCAAUGUCGUUACUUUACGUUGGGCUGAGCUUCAGUCUGGUCCUCUCAAGCUAGCUCUUAUGCAAUCUCCCAGUGACCAUGUGGUGAGUGAGAAGGGAUAUUCUUCGCUACUAUCGUUCACUGUGACUGACAUUAAUACAUCAAUCUCCAAACUUAUGGAGUUAGGUGCCGAACUCGAUGGCUCUAUCAAAUACGAAGUCCAUGGCAAGGUUGCAUCUGUGAGAUGUCUCGACGGUCAUGUGCUCGGCCUCUAUGAACCUUCUUAGAUUUUAUUAAUUCAUGAGUUUACUUUGUUACGGAUGAUUUCCUAUUGGGACCGCCGAUCAAUAAACUAGAUGGUUGAUAUGAA